GGGGCCAGGCUGGGUUAGGGGGCGGGGCAGCGGCGCUCUAGGCCUGCCGAGCGGCUGAGCCUCUCGCUGGUGGCGGACCCGACGGCCGUGGCGGCGGCGGCGGCCUGACCUGCUUGACCGGAGCCGGAGCCGGACCUGGAGCCGGAGCCGGAACCGGAACCAUGAGCGUGGACAAGGCUGAGCUGUGCGGGUCUCUGCUCACCUGGCUGCAGACUUUCAGGGUGGCCCAGCCCUGUUCUUCCCCCCAGGACCUAAGCAGUGGACUGGCAGUGGCCCAUGUGCUACAUCAGAUAGACCCUUCCUGGUUCAAUGAGACCUGGCUCCUUCGGAUCAGAGAUGAUUCUGAACACAACUGGCGGCUAAAGGUCAGCAACUUGAAGAAAGUGUUACAGGGUCUUGUGGAGUAUUCUCAGGAUAUCCUGGGACACCAGGUAUCCGACCAACACUUGCCAGAUGUGAACCUGAUCGGGGAAUUCUCUGAUCCGGCUGAGCUGGGGAAGCUGCUACAGCUGGUGCUGAGCUGUGCUAUCAGCUGUGAGAAGAAACAAGAACACAUCCAGAGGAUCAUGACCUUGGAGGAAUCGGUGCAGCAUGUGGUCAUGACUGCCAUUCAGGAGCUUAUGAGCAAAGAUCCUGCAGACCCCAUGACGGCAGAGACCUAUGGGAAUUUUGACAGCCAGUCCAGAAGAUACUACUUCUUGAGUGAAGAGCCAGAAGAAGCCGACCAGCUUCGGCAGCGCUGCCAUGACCUGGAGCAGCAGCUGACCCUUCUAGUGGAGGAGAAACAGAGCCUGGUGCAGGAGAAUCGAGCUCUGAGGGACAGGGGGGCACAGCUGGAGGGACCUGAGGCUGCUGGACUCACCUCCAAGAGGCUUUUGCUUCUUCAGUCACAGCUAGAACAACUACAGGAGGAAAACUUCAGGCUUGAGAGCUUGAAGGAGGAUGAGCGUCUGCGCUGCGUGGAGCUGGAGAGAGAGGUGGCCGAGCUCCAGCAGCGGAACCAGGCACUAACCAGCCUGGCCCAGGAGGCCCAGACCCUAAAGGAUGAGAUGGAUGAGCUCAGGCAGUCAUCAGAACGAGCGAGCAGGCUGGAGGCCACACUGAGCGGGUGCCAGCGUCGCCUCGGGGAGCUAGGGGAGCUUCGGCGGCAGGUGCGAGUGCUAGAGGAACGGAAUGCAGGCCACGCAGAACGGACAAGGCAGCUAGAGGAUGAACUGCGGCGGGCAGGGACCCUCAGAGCCCAGCUGGAGGGCCAUCGGAGACAGGUACAAGAAUUGCAGAGUCAGCGACAGGAGGAGGCCCUGAAGGCCGAGAAAUGGCUAUUUGAGUGCCGGACACUGGAAGAGAAAUACGAGGCUGUGGUCAAAGAGAAGGAGCGGCUCAUUGAGGAGCGAGACUCUCUUCGGGAGGCGCAUGAGGAGCUGUGCUGUGUCCAGGUGCAGCAGCGGGGCCUCAGCCAGGCAGACGUCCAACUGCAACAGAUGUCGCCACCUGUGGAGAAUCUGGCAGCAGAGAUCCUUCCGGCUGAGCUCAGGGAGACAAUCCUUCGCCUGCAGCGGGAAAACAGACGUCUGUGCCAGCAGGAGGCAGCCGACCGUGGCCGUACCGAGGAGCUGCAGGGGCAGCUGGAGGAGGCCAACCGGGCCAGGCACAGGCUAGAGACCCAGCACAGGCUGAAUCAGCAACAGCUGGCAGAACUUCGGGCACAAGUGGAAGAAUUACAGAAGGCAUUACAAGAACAGGGGGGCAAAGCUGAGGAUUCCUCACUGCUGAAGAGGAAGCUGGAGGAGCACCUGGAGAAGCUGCACGAGGCACACUCGGAACUGCAGAGAAAACGGGAAUACAUCGAUGAGCUGCAGCCGCCAGCUGAUGGCAGCGCGCGGCGCAUUGAGGAGCUACAGAGGAGUCUGCAGAAGAAGGAGGCCGACAUGCGGGCCAUGGAGGAGCGCUACCGGCGCUACAUGGAGAAGGCUCGAACGGUCAUCCAGACACUGGAACCCAAGCAGCGGCCGCCAGGGCCUCCUCCCCUGGAGAUUCAAGCCCUGAGAACCCAACUCCAGGAGAAGGACCUAAGGAUCCGACACCUUGAGACUGACUUUGAGAAGAGCCGGAGUCAGCGGGAGCAGGAAGAAAAGCUAAUCAUCAGUGCCUGGUACAACAUGGGUAUGGCCCUGCAGCAACGGGCUGCAGGGGAGGAUCGACAGCCAGGCCCAGCCUAUGCCCAGUCCUUCCUGGCCCAGCAGCGACUGGCCACCAACACACGCCGGGGACCCUUGGCACGUGCCCAGGCUGGCCCUCCCCGAUCUGGAGACAAGCACUGACCUUUGGACCCUCAUUUCUCCAUUCUUCUGGGCAGCAUAGGGUUAAAACUGUGGCCGUUCCCUUCUCCACUUGCACACUACAAGGGGUCGCACUUAUUGCACAUGCCCAACUCCAGGGCAAGGGAACUCUAGCCCUGACAUCUGACCUCAGCCCUUUUCCUUAACCCAGGUUUUGUUUUUUAAGAUAUUUUCCAAGGGUCCCUCCCUAUUUUUAACCUCUGGUUCUCAGGGCAAAGAGGAGCUGGAUUUCUGUGUUCCCAGUACUGCCAACUGGGCCCCACCUUCUCUUUUUAAAAAUGUGAUUUGGGAGGGGGAUAAAUCUUCUAAGUCUGAGAUGAGGAAUUAAAUAAAGCAUUCAAUCCUAAA